GGGAGGAGUAAAGAUGGCGGCGCGGGGGUCUCUGCCGUCUGCUCCGGGCUGAAGCGCUCUGAGGGACGCGGUAGCGGUUAUCCUAGCCGCAGCAGAAAUCUAGUGCUUGUAGUUUCGGCAGCGCCGGCCGAGGCCGGAGCAAUGGCGGAGCUGGAGCACCUGGGAGGAAAGCGGGCAGAGUCGGCGCGAAUGCGGCGGGCGGAGCAGCUUCGGCGCUGGCGGGGCUCGUUGACAGAGCAGGAGCCCGCGGAGCGACGAGGCGCGGGGCUGACCAGGCGUGGGAGCCCCAGGGUCCGCUUCGAGGAUGGCGCUGUCUUCCUGGCCGCCUGCUCUAGCGGGGACACAGACGAGGUAAAAAAGCUUCUGGCAAGAGGUGCCGACAUAAACACGGUCAACGUGGACGGCUUGACAGCCCUUCACCAGGCCUGUAUUGAUGAAAAUUUGGACAUGGUAAAGUUUCUGGUGGAGAACAGAGCCAAUGUAAACCAGCAAGACAAUGAGGGCUGGACGCCCCUUCACGCAGCAGCUUCCUGUGGCUAUCUCAACAUAGCAGAGUAUUUCAUUAACCACGGAGCCAAUGUGGGUAUUGUCAAUAGUGAAGGUGAAGUCCCCUCUGACCUUGCAGAAGAGCCAGCCAUGAAGGAUCUGCUUCUGGAGCAAGUAAAGAAGCAAGGAGUCGAUCUGGAGCAGUCAAGGAAAGAAGAAGAGCAGCAGAUGUUGCAGGAUGCCCGCCAGUGGCUCAACAGCGGGAAAAUAGAGGAUGUGAGGCAGGCUCGCUCAGGGGCCACGGCCCUUCAUGUGGCUGCUGCCAAGGGCUACUCUGAAGUCCUCAGACUUUUAAUUCAGGCUGGCUAUGAACUCAAUGUUCAGGAUCACGAUGGCUGGACCCCCCUCCAUGCUGCGGCACACUGGGGAGUGAAAGAGGCUUGCUCGAUCCUGGCAGAGGCGCUCUGUGACAUGGAUCUCCGAAACAAACUGGGCCAGACACCAUUUGAUGUGGCUGAUGAGGGUCUUGUGGAGCACUUGGAGAUGCUUCAGAAGAAGCAGAAUGUGCUGCGAAGUGAAAAGGAGACACGGAAUAAACUCAUUGAGUCAGACCUGAACAGCAAAUUGCACAGUGGACUCUUUAAGAACAAAGAGAAGAUACUUUAUGAGGAGGAGACACCCAAGUCCCAAGAAAUAGAGGAAGAAAACAAAGAAUCCAGCAGCUCCAGCUCAGAGGAGGAAGAAGGUGAAGAUGAAGCUUCUGAGUCAGAAACUGAGAAGGAGGCAGAUAAAAAGCCAGAAGCCAUUGUCAACCAUUCCAACUCUGAAAAUAAGAGUCGUGUCACGGAGCAGAUACCACCACCAGCUCAGAAUACCUUCUCUGCCUCUUCUGCCAGGAGAUUCUCCUCCAGCCUUUUUAACAAGUCAGAAGAGCCCAAAGAUGAAUCUCCUUCUUCGUGGAGAUUGGGACUCAGAAAAACCGGCAGCCACAACAUGCUGAGUGAGGUGGCCAAUUCCAGGGAAGCUCUAAGGGACCGAGGCUCUUCCAUCUCCCGCUCCUCGUCAAGCCCUCGGAUUUCCGCUCUGCUGGACAACAAAGAUAAGGAGAGAGAAAACAGAAGCUAUUUUAGUUCACUAGCACCUCGGAGACUGAGCAGCACAAGCGACAUUGAAGAAAAGGAGAACAGAGAAUCAGCUGUUAAUCUAGUGAGGAGUGGCUCCUACACCCGGCAGCUGUGGAGGGAUGAAGCAAAGGGAAAUGAAACCCCACAGACCACUGCUCCUUCCACCUAUGUAUCAACCUACCUGAAAAGUGCUUCAUUUGGUAGAAGUAGUGACCCCACAAGUCCCUACAUUUCAGCCAAUCGCAAUUCAUCUCCUGCUACCUCACCCAUUACCAUUGGUUCAUCUACCUCUCAGGGCAGCCAGUGGCAACCUGCCUCUUCUUGCCCUGCACCAAUCAGUGCAAACACUACUGCAUCUGUACACCAUGGCAGGAUUCCUCCCAAAUCCCAGGCUGACUCGAUAGCAGAGAAAACAGCAGACAAUGUCUCUUCUAGCACUCCGCUCUGUGUGAUCACCAAUCGCCCGCCACCUAGCACUGCCAAUGGGGUCACAACUGCCACUGUGCUCUCCACUGCUGGAACAGACUCCUCUGUGGAAGCCAGGGAGAAGAGGAGGUCCUAUCUGACUCCCGUACGGGAUGAGGAAGCAGAGUCUUUACGGAAAGCACGCUCCAGACAGGCUCGGCAGACACGAAGGUCUACUCAAGGUGUUACCCUAACAGACCUUCAAGAAGCAGAAAGGACUUUCAGCCGGUCGAGGGCAGAGAGGCAAGCUCAAGAGCAGCCUACCGAGAAGCCGGUAGACACCGAAGGCCUCGAGGGGAGCGCUGAGAAGCAUGAGCCCCCAGCAGUCCCAGCAAAGGAAGCUGAGGAGGGCCGGCAGCCCUGGGGCGGGAGUGUGGAUGAAGAGCCUGUCUGUCGUCGCCUGAGGUGUCCAACUCAGCCAGACAAACCCAAAACACCAGUGUCUCCUUCUACAUCAAACCCCUCCCUCUACACCAGUUCCCAUCUGCUGCAGACAAGUAGAUUUUCAGCCCCUGAUUCCGAGAGUUCAAAGACUCCCACAAACACUACGACUACAAGGGAAAUGGACAAAAAUGAGAGUGAAGAAGCAGAUUUGGAUGAUCAGUCCUCUAACAGGCUGUCCAUCCGAGAGAGGAGGCGGCCCAAGGAACGGCGAAGAGGCACAGGCAUCAAUUUCUGGACAAAAGAUGAUGAUGAAACUGAUGUCUCCGAAGAGGUCAAAAAAGCAUGGCAUGAAAGACUUUCUAGGUUGGAAUCUGCAGGUAGUAACCCUACAACCAGUGAUUCUUACGGUGACCGGGCUUCAGCGAGAGCCCGUCGGGAGGCCCGGGAGGCCCGUCUAGCCACCCUGACCAGCCGUGUGGAAGAGGACAGCAACAGGGAUUAUAAAAAACUCUACGAGAGUGCCCUGACCGAAAACCAAAAACUGAAAACAAAACUUCAAGAGGCCCAACUAGAGCUAGCAGACAUAAAAGCCAAGCUUGAGAAGAUGGCCCAGCAGAAACAAGAGAAGACCUCUGACCGCUCGUCGAUGCUGGAGAUGGAGAAACGGGAGAGGCGAGCCUUGGAGCGGAAAAUGUCAGAAAUGGAGGAAGAGAUGAAGGUGUUAACAGAACUGAAAUCUGACAACCAGAGGCUGAAAGAUGAAAAUGGUGCCCUCAUCAGAGUCAUCAGCAAACUGUCUAAAUAGACUGGGCUCCGGCUCUAAGAGGGAGGGAAGGGACGUUUGCUGCCCCUGCCUCUCUUUUCCCGCCCUUGCCUUCCAACCAAAGAAGUGGAUGUUUUGGUGGAAGGACAUUUUUUUCUGACCCUCCUCAGUCACCUCUGCACUGUACAUUUUCUCUGCACUCUCAGUGCCCCGUCCCUCUCACGCCCCCACCCCGAGUUUUAUGACAGUUUUAAUUGAAGCAUGAUUGUGAUCAUUUGAGCCAUCUGGAGAAGGCUUUGGGGAGUACACCAGGCUCAGCCGUGGACCCCCCAGCUUCCUGCUGCUCAGCUGCUUUGUCCACAUUGGAUUUGGCUCAAACAUGUAAGGCUUCUACCCACACCCGUGCUCCUCAGCUUUUACACUGACCCCGUGUCCUCUGAUCCAGGUGAGUCUUGCGGUGGCCACGCUGGAUCCUGUCUGCAGUGCCCAGAGAAACAGCAGGAUGUGGCGUUAGUCAUCAGGCGGCCUCUGGAGCUGUGUUUCUAUUAGUGACAGUGACAGUGUGUCAGCGACUCUGCGUUGAGGUUCUCUAAUCUUCACCUCUCAGGAACUGACUUAUUUUUAUUUUUUUCUAUCAACAACCCAGUAAUAUCCCUGACUAGUCUUAAUCCCUAUUCCUCCCUGGUGUCCAGCCCUUUCUCCAAGACCCAGCUGGCCCUGGCUUCAUUGAUUCCUUUCCUGUCUUGUGUCCUCCUCCCUGCCUGACCCCUCACUCGGUGGCGGAACAGAGCACCUGGCCUCCCUCGUCGUUGGCCGUCGUGGAAAAUCAUUAUUCUGGAGACUAGAAAAUCGUCACUCUGGUGCCUUGGUGGCGGCACCACCAGCCCUUCCCUUGCUAAAGCCAGACCCGGGCGUAAGUGUCAGCCCAGGGUUCUCAUCUCCCACUUAUCUUCCCCCUGCUGAGUGAGUUUCGGGAUUAGAAAGUCUGGGCUCUGAAUACCCCGGUCUGCCUUGCUUCCCUUCGACCUUGUUUUCUUCUCUUCACUCUGGCACCUGCUCCUAAUGAGAAAUGAAGUCAGUCUAAGGAGGAAGGAGAGGUGUGAGGAUAGAUCGUUGGGGGACGGACUAGAGAGUGGUGCAGGCUAGAAAGACACAUGUGGAAGUGUAGUAUCUGAGGACACUUGCGACCUGGUGACAAAGAAGAUAGAAAACAGCAGCCCAUUGUGUUGCAGGAAUGGUGGUGAAUUUGAUUGUUUCUGGUGGUUAGAUUCAGGGGAGAGACAUUUGCUUUCAUAGAAGCUAACAGGAGAAAUGAUGCUUAACAGAGGUGUGAAGGAAGGAGGUACUUUCAACCCACUGAUGACAGUCAUGGAGUUGAGAGUGGUAAGGGCCAGAGGUCAUGUGGUCCGGCUUUCUAGUGUUGUGUCACAAGGAGCCCUGCUUACAGAGCUUUGACCCAGGAUUGGGCACCUCUGAGGGCUGUGCGUUUAUUACUGGAAAGUUGGGCAGCGCUGUAAGGAAAGGGUUUUUCCUAAUAGGUGCUGAAGUCAGCCUGUGGCUUCUGCUCGUGUCCAGAUCUCCCCUUUGCGGCUCUUCCACACGACAGCCCUUCAGACAGGGGCAUGGCUGGUGCCCCUCGCCUUCCUGCCCGAGCCGCCGUCCACCUUGGCCUUUCAGUGACUGCUCACACGCCUGCUUCUCCUGCCUGUCGCUUCUCCUCUAGACAAAAACAGCCUUUUAAAAUAUCAUGCCCAGCCCCGGACAGAAUGCGCUGUAAGUCCAGCACAAAAUCAAACCGUUAGUUCUUAAUGACCCCACAUUAAUACUCGUAGUAUUUUCUUUUUGUAGAAGUUUUAUUCCUUGGUUCAUUCUGAGCGUGCAGGUCAUUGAAAUCCUCAUUGUUUUAGGGUUGCCAGUGAUAUUCCGUGUUUAGAAUGGUCCAUUCUCUUAACAUAUACUGCCGCUGUCUGUGAGUUUCUGUCCUGAAAGUGACAGCCCAGGUCUUCACGGGCCUCUGGAACAUCCCAUGCUCCCAGUUCCAGAAUGGGACAUCUGUCUCCCGUGGCAAAACCUCAUUUUUUACAGUAUACAAAAUUCUCUCCUCCAUUUCCAACCAUUUGAGAAGCUCCUACUAUUUGGGGACUUUGUAUUAUCAUUGGGGUACUGUGUGCUCAGUUCUCAGGGAAUGCGAAAUGAGAGUAAGAAGUUUCGUCUCUUCUACCACAAGCAUUUGCUUCACUCCAGGGAGGGAACUCACCAGUGUUGACUGACUCUCCCGACGCGGUCUGGAUAUUGGGGAACAGGGAGUCACGCCUCCCUCUCGGGUAAAGAAAAUUGGAUCAUUAGGAAAACAUUACGUCUUGACCCUCCUCCAUUCGACAGCCCGGGUAGAGGGGUUCCAGAGAGUUCUGUCAAAUCUGCGUGUGCCUUUCCAAAGUGUGGGAGGCGGGGCGCCUCUGCUCCUCCUCGCGGCCCUUUCACGGCGAAACAGGACUUUUCUUGCCAGAAAGUCGUCAUUGUGACAGGAAAUGUGUAAGCUUUUCAAUCUCAGGAAUACUGGAUUCUAUGGCCAAGAGCUCAUGAAAGUAUAAACCAUCCUAGGUGAUUUCGGGUACUCUCUCUUAUGCAAUUAAUUUUAGUAGAUAAACUCCAAAUUGUGGUCUCGCCCCAGAGAUAAAAUACCAUUCCUUCGCAGCUGUAGUGGCCGGAGCCCCACGAGGCGGCGGUUACCGGUCAUCCGGCAGCCGGCAGCUCUGUCUGGCGCUGGCGUCAGCACGUCGCUCUCUCCUUGCCCUGAGUGGACAGUGACCGACCUUUGCCCUCCUCGGUGGCCACAGCCCCCGGCCCUCGCCUGCUGCUUGGGAUACUCAUGAGCGCCCGGGUGGCUGCAGCUGAGUGAGUCGUUGCAGGCCUGGCCCGCAGUGCGGGGCUCAGGUCUGUCCUUGUAGAGUCUUUACGUGGACCGUCAGCAGAGAGAGAGAGUGCUCUCAGUACAGCUUCACAGCCUCUGUUCUCAGUUUAUAGUUUUCAAAAACUGAACCACACUUUUGGGAGCAAUAAUACAGCUAUUCCAGAGAUUCUCUGGCUGAAGUUUGGCUGUUGGUCUUUCCGGGGCUGCUCAUGCUUUUCCAGAUAGCUCCAGCAUGCGAUGACCCCCAGCCCCACCCCAGUCUCUGCUGGGGGAGUUAUGCUAGUCUCAGGGUGUUGCCACCAAAGAAUCUAAGGAGCAGACAUGCCUUGGGUGUACUUGGUGCACUAGAUUCUCAUUGGAUGUUCCCUAGAGCCUCCCUGUCUUUCUAUCCGACUGCAGGAUGUACUUGCUUCUCCUCUGGCCUUUCCCUGCUUUCUAUCCUAGUUCCCACCGCAUGUGUAAGAAAACCUACGUGCAUUUAUUGCUAUCUGAGGCCAUUGGUGAGGUUUCAGAGCUCUGUGUUACAACACUUCACCCAUUCCUCCUGCCCCAAACUAAACGUGUGCUUGUUAGACCACUCAGGAAGCAAGGAGGCUAAAACCCCACUUAAUAGUCUCUGGAUCCCACAGCAGCGUGUGUGUGCACUACUGACCGGUUCUCCAGCACCAGGGCUUCAGUUGAACCAGAGAUGAAGGAGGAAGGAAUUCUCAGAGCCAUGUACUCUGUCAGGUCUCUGGAUUUCUGACCCUUUUGCAGCCUCUCCUAGCCAAGACAGACACUGUCUCCUCUCGGAGAAAGGCUGGUUUCAGCCCAGGCCACUGGUGCGGGAGAAGGCCCUGACAGUGUCGGCACUCGUCAUGAGGGGGGCACAAGUGAGCAGAAGUCUGGGGAAGAGAGAACGAGUUAAAGUGUCACCAAUUAGUCACCUUCCAGGCUGCUUUGUGCCUGGAAAAGGAAAGCCUAAAGGAUGCAGCAGCCAAGCCAAUAGGAGGGGGCAAGUCCCAGUCCCGCCCACCAGAUGAGCCACUGGUUCCACGGGAGCUCAGCAACGAGGUGACACUGCAGGAGCCCUGGUGUCCUUCCCUCGGAGGUCUCCUCAGGGGUCGUCAGACCCCAUUGUGUAUGCCGGUCUGCACUGAACUCUGAGCACACAGUUACCAAUCGGAGGUGGCGUAAUUGGCCUAAAUCUAGGUCCAAGUAUAACUGCAAGUCUUGGUCAAUGAUUUUUAAGGCAGGCUUUGACCCUCAAAAGACGUGCGUUCCUCUGACCCAGUAAGUAAGGCAGCUUUGAGGGCAGAAUAAGGCCGCGUGAAAAGAUAAGGCCCUGGGAGUGAGAACAUCUGGAUUCCAGGGUCGGCUCUUCUCCUGACUAGCCAUGUGACCCUGGGCAAGCCACCUUCCCUGUCUGUGGAAUGAGGUUGGACUGGAUAAUCCUUAAGGGCCCUGUGGCUUAAAAUUCUGUGAUUUCUUCAUUCUUAGGAAGAUCAGAACAUUUCUUUAAACUUGGAAUUUCUGCUUCAAACAUUCUAACUUCAGAAAUUCAAGAGCAAAAAUUCUUGUUUUCUUCUGGAUUUAAACUGUUUAACAUCAGCAUGUCGAGGUUGACUUCUCAUCCUUGUUGGAGAGCGAAUUUAAUAUUGAGGGUAAUUGAAUGGUGUUGCAAUUGCUUUCCCUCUUAACGGGUUAGUAAGAAUAUUAAAACCUGCAGAGGUGGAAAUUGGAGCUCAGGGGGAAAUGGAGAGAAAGCAAUUUGUUGUGAGCAGCCUUUGGACAAAUGGUUUUAGUAGGAAAUAGCUGCUGCUUCAUAGGUUUCUCCAGCCACCUUUCUUCAGCUUUCUCAUCGGCUCUUCACACCCAAACAGCAGACUAAUUGCAUUUCUGCUUAGCUCUACCCGGUUCAUAGUCUUCAACUCAGCAGUAUGAGAAUUUUCCUCAAUAAAAACCUCGAUCUUUAGUUCCGUUGAGCUCCUUCUCUAGAGUCUGGGCUAUUAGAAGUAGGAGGCCCCGGUGCUGUGCAGGAUGGUCUUUCCUUCCAAGCCGGUCUGCAGAGGAGACCAAAGCAGUGCGCGCUGACAGACCGGAGUCCAGCAGCCACAUGGCACCGACCAGCACUAGGCUCUCACAGGACCCCUGCAGGGCUUGUGUGAGGGUUGUGGAAGGAAGGGCUGAGGUCUGGAGGUAGAGGUGGCCGUGUGCUGUGGUGGAAGGAGGCAGAAGGUGGGGGGCUUUGGACGUAGAGCAGGGUGGAGGCUGCCAGCACUGGGCGGAGGGGAGUCUCGCAGAAGCACAGCUUUGGCACUCGGAGAUGAGUUCUGCCUCCAGCUGAGCUGAGAUUGUAAUCAGCUUCCUAAUGGGUAUUGACACUGCUCGGAGCAGUAGGCCCUAUCAGGGAUAGCCAUUGAUCUCUUGUGUUGUGAUGAGAUUGAAAAAUAGAUCAACUUCAUUGCAGUCCAGGAACUGUCAUUGUCACAGCUGGUGGGGAUGAGGUGGUCUCUGAGGGCUGAGAGAAAACAGAUAGGGGAUCUUGGCCGGCCAGCAGCUGCAUGGUGAAGAAGAUGCGUUCGCUUCUCCCUUGGGAGUGGUGGGGAAGGGUCAGUACUGAGCCUGCUGUGGCUUGCGGCCCAGGACCCCAGCAGCCCCUCCUGGAGGAGAACUGUGCAUAAGAGGUGGGCGUGUCUAAGGCCAACACUAGUCAUGAUAGUCUGGCCUUACCUAAAAAGGUUUAACAGUUCGGGGAUGACUCUUGCUACUAGCUUAUGCACAUUUGCCAGCCGGGAGCUUUCAAAAUGAGGUCUGGCAUAUUCUUGAUUAGAAAUGAGAACUCAGAAACCGAUUUUAUCCAGUGUAUUACUCUGUUAAAUCAUAUCUUCCGCUUUUCUCCCUCCCUUCUAAUCCCCCCAAAGGACCUCUCUGAGCCAUUCCCCAAUUCAUCCGCUUAUUGUCUGGGACUAUGAAUCUACCAGAAUGAUAUUUUCUGUUAUUUCUCUUCCAAAUUUUCCCCUAAUGUUUCCAAUACAGUUUCACUUGGGUGGCCUGAUAAGGUGACAUCAGGGUGCUCUUAUGUCCUUCCAAAAUAAACAUACCCUUUACCCUCCCUCUCCCUGUCAUCUCCCUCCACACUCAUUAUUCCUUGUUUUCUCACGUGGAAUUAAGGGUGCUUUAGAGAGGAGGUUUCCCCUGAUUCAGCUGAGAUUCCUGGCGGAGUUUUAGACACCACCACCCCCCCUUCAGUUUCAAAGCUCCCUGGAUGUGCUCAUGGCCCCGUGGAGAGGUGUGACUUAUAGGCCCGUAUGACUCCUCCAUGGCCCAGCCAAGGAAGCCAUGGGUAGCCAGGUCCGCUUUACUCCGGCUUGGUCCUGACAUGGUUUAUUGCAUCACGCAGAAGCUUGUCUUAGCGCAAACCUGAUGAGUGUCAGCGCAGCCCGUCCUGCCUUGCGGGAGAGGCGUGCUGGCUGUGGGGAGCCUCUUGGGGCCUCUGAUGUUCUCCCCACACCAGAGUUAGGGAUCAGAGUGCAGAUCCUGCACAAGGGACACGCUGGAGCCAGCGCUAGCUUGACUCUUACCUGAGUAUCUCUGCCCCACCUGUUCUCUCUCCCACUGGACUGCAACCUGGGACAGAUUCCAGCGUGUCCUCUGGUGAAGAGAGGCCAGGUAGAGAGAGGCUGGAGGGAAAAGGACACGGGGGCAGGCUGCAGGGGUAGGAGGAGGUUCAGGGGGGGAUGCAGCAAUCUCAGAUACCCCCUUUUCUAGCCAGCAUCUCUUGAACCCUGGGAAGGUUGGGCCUACCACCUGGCCGGCACCCCACGUGGGCCAUUGUUUCCCUGACGAGGAAAGGAACGUAGUUCACCCUCGCGUCCCUCUUCCUGGAGAAGGUACGGCCUGUGUUCAGUUGACUGUGUCAGACUCGGACUUUGACUUUAUGGUUUUUGUCCCUUCGUUCUUGCCUCCGCCCUGCCCGUGAUUUGACAGGGAUGGAAAGAGCUUACGAGGACCCACCUUGGUGUCUCCAAGCCUCUCCCAUUUUAGUGGCAGCAUUUUGUGUCUCUACUCCCGCCACCCUUCCCCCCUCCCCUGUUCCCCCCACAGUUAAAGCACCAGAUGUAACUUUCAGCCGAGUUGUGCGGAUUAACUUCAGUCCACUGUAAAUACCUGGGGCGGGUGGGGGUGUGGGGGGACGGGAAGCCAGACUCGCUUUGUGAACUGAAUGUAUUUUUUAUGCAAUUUUGAGUGGCCUUUCAACCCUAAGAUGAAUGAUUUUGUUUUACUGGUUGUUACUAUAUAGUAUUAAGUAUUCUGUGUUUGAAAGUUUGGGAAUAAUAAUAUCCACAUCUCUAUGAUGCCUGUAAACACAACGGUAUUUAUAAAUGAGUAAAUAAAACCGUGUUUUAACUUUG